GAAAAGGAAAGUAGGAGAAGAAAGAAAAAAAAGAGAGCGAAAUCAAAACAAAGCAGGAGCUGCUGCUGCUGGCUCACUGGUAUAUCAGGUGGAGGCCAACCAAACCCAAGGGCUUUGGCGUCUUGACUUGUUUCUGCUACGCUGGUUUUGUGGAGUGAACAGUUGUGUCCUGCGAAAUUUGGGGAUUUUACGGAUUUGGGUUUUCGGGCUGCUUGGGAAUGGCUAUUUGAUUUGAGGUUGUGUUUCGACUAAUCUAUAUUUGCUGGGUUUAAGCUCACAGUGAGACUGGUGUGCUCUGGUUUGUGGAACAGUUCUGUGAGGCGGUGUGUGGAAUAGUACUUGAGUUUUGGAGUGUUUGUGUAGACAGUGGCAGCAAUGUCGAUGAAUAAUAAUAACCCACCUAAGAAUCUUGGAGCGUCUUCGUCGCCCUUUAGAAAUUCCGGGAUGGUGCCCCCAUCUAUGUCUGCAAACCCUUCAUUUCCGCAACAGGCUCAAGCACAACUUGGGGCUGGUUUUCAAGCACAAUUUCAGCUCUCCCAAGCACAGGCGAUUGCGCAGGCUCAGUCAAAAGCACAAGCUCAAGCACAUGCCCAUGCCCAAGCCCAAGCACAGGCUCAAGCGCAAGCACAUGCCCAAGCUCAGGCUCAAGCAGCUCACGCUCAAUUCCAGGCUCAGUUACAGGCUCAGGCGAUGUCGCUGAACCAGAACCAAGCAGGUUCCAUGGGGAAUUCACCCUCAUAUUCUACGCCCGGAAGUGGAAGUGUGAAGCGCUUCCCUCAGAAACCUCCAGUGCGCCCUCCUGGUCUUUCUCCUACAAACAUGAUCUCACCCAUUAGAACCAUGGACCUGUCAGCUGCUAAUCGUAAAAAGAAGCAGAAGCUUCCCGAAAAACAGCUACAGGACAAAGUAGCCUCCAUAUUGCCUGAGUCUGCUCUAUACACCCAGCUUCUUGAGUUUGAGGCUCGUGUCGAUGCUGCGCUUACAAGAAAGAAAGUUGAUAUCCAAGAGGCUCUGAAGAGCCCCCCUUCUAUUCAGAAAACACUUCGCAUUUAUGUUUUUAACACCUUUGCCAAUCAGGUUCGUUCAAUUCCACAGAAACCAAAUGCUGAUCCCCCUACUUGGACACUUAAGAUAGUUGGAAGGAUCUUGGAAGAUGGGGUUGACCCUGAUCAGCCUGGGGUGGUCCAGAAAUCAAAUCCCUUUUACCCAAAGUUUUCAUCUUUCUUCAAGAGAGUAACCAUUUCUUUGGACCAGAGGCUAUAUCCUGAUAAUCAUAUCAUUAACUGGGAAAAUGCAAGGUCACCUGCACCACAUGAGGGAUUUGAGGUGAAGAGAAAAGGGGACAAAGAGUUUACUGUGAAUAUACGCUUGGAAAUGAAUUAUGCGCCUGAGAAGUUUAAGCUUUCACAACCUUUGAUGGAAGUUCUUGGUAUUGAGGUGGAAACUCGUCCAAGAAUAAUAGCUUCAAUCUGGCACUAUGUGAAGGCUAGGAAAUUGCAGAACCCAAAUGACCCCUCUUUCUUUAACUGUGAUCCACCACUUCAAAGAGUGUUCGGAGAGGAAAAAAUGAAAUUUACUAUGGUGUCCCAGAAGAUAUCUCAGCAUCUGUUUCCGCCACAACCUAUACAUUUGGAGCAUAAGAUGAGGCUUUCUGGUAAUAGUCCAGCUGGAACAGCAUGUUAUGAUGUGUUGGUAGAUGUGCCUUUUCCAAUUCAAAGGGAAUUAUCUGCUCUAAUGGCCAACUCAGAGAAAAACAAAGAAAUUGAUGCAUGUGAUGAAGCGAUAUGUGGAGCUAUCAGAAAAAUCCAUGAGCAUCGUCGCAGGCGAGCUUUUUUCCUUGGAUUUAGUCAGUCACCUGUUGAAUUCAUCAAUGCGCUGAUUGAAUCUCAAAGCAAAGAUUUAAAGCUUGUAGCUGGAGUAGCGAGUCGUAGUGCUGAGAAAGAGCGCCGGUCAGAUUUCUUCCAUCAACCUUGGGUUGAAGAUGCUGUUAUCCGCUAUUUGAACCGGAAGCCAGUUGCAGGAAGUGAUGCUCCUCCUGGAAGCACAUGAGCCAACUGUUGAAUCUUCAUGUGGUGCCAUGCUUUGGUAUUCUUUGGCAGCAGUUAGACUUCCCAGAAUAUGUAGGACAUUAUACAAUUGCUUUUCUUUGUAGGGUGGGGAGGAUGCUGCUGCAUACUAUAUAGCUUGUUUAACCAUUAAUUUUCCAUGUAUUUGAUCUACUGCUGAUUAUGCUUAAUGUAAUGUAAUUUAUGCUCCAUUAGCAACUGAAAAAAUAAUAUUUGCUGCUUUAGAAUCCAUUUUACGUUUCUUGCUGAGUUGACAUGUCUGAGUGUCAGGUAUUGCCUCUGGAUGUAAAAUCAAUUUGGCAUCAGGGAGUAUUUGCAAAAUUCUGUUUGGGCAUAUCAUACCCUAGUU